AUGAAACUUAAUUUCGCCAAUCCGGCGACAGGUCAACAAAAAAUGUUCGAAAUCGAUGAUGAGAAGAAAUUGCGCAUGUUUUACGAUAAGCGUAUGGCGCAAGAAGUUGAGAUCGACGCCCUGGGAGAGGAGUGGAAGGGAUACAUUGUCCGCAUCACUGGAGGAAAGCACAAAGCAGGUUUCACUAUGAAGCAGGGAGUUGAGCAGCGGUCGAGUCCGUCUACUGCUCGCAAGGGUGACUACUUGUUAUCGACCAAGAAAGGCUGGAGAGCGAAAAGAGGAAGUCUGUUCGUGGAUGCAUUGUUGACGCCAACCUGUCCGUGCUGUCUCUCGUUGUGGUGA